UCACUUCUGUGGGCUUAAUUCUAAAACCUUAAAACCCCUCAAUAAACCUUUGUCCUUUUCAUCUUUUCUUUAGAAAGGGUUUCAGUUUUGGGAAAUUGGGGCUGAGCUGUAGUUUGUGUGAAGUGAAAAAUGGGGAGACUAUUUUUGGUGGAUCUUGAAGGCAAAACUUACAAUUGCAAAUUCUGCAAAACCCAACUUGGUCAAGUUGAUGAUCUUGUUUCAAAGGCUUUUCAUUGCCGCAAUGGAAAAGCAUACCUGUUCAAUAAUGUGGUAAAUAUAACUUUUGGACAGAGCGAGGAGAGGACGAUGCUCUCUGGAAAGCACACUGUGACAGAUAUAUUUUGUUGUUGCUGUGGGCAGAUUCUUGGCUGGAAAUAUGAGAAAGCCCAUGAGAAAAGCCAGAAGUACAAAGAAGGGAAAUUUGUCCUUGAAAGAGGCAGGAUCAUUGAUGGUGAAGUUGAUUCUGAAUUCUACAUUGAUACUCGUGCAAGCACAAGUGAUGGUGAAGAUACAAUGUAAAUAGUGGGAGCUUAGUGCACCGAUUUGCAGAUAUUUGUAUCUUGUAGACUUAGCAAAAGAAUAGUUGUAUCUUAUCUGGAGAUCUCCUCAAGUUUGUGGAUAUAGAAACUAAGUUACUGCAGAAGUGCUUUUUAUUUAAUAUGGUUGACUAAAGUAAAUGUUUUAUUGGUCUUA